AUGAUCCCAGCAGGCAGUAGCAAAAGUUCGUACAGUGUUUCCAGCGCAACGAAACGGUCCGCGUCCCCGGUCAAGGCCAACUGGGACACCGGCACGGUCAAGCGCAAGCCUACUACGGUGACCACCAUCAACACGACGGACGAACAGAGGCACGAUGGCGAACUGUCAAAAGUUUCGGAAGCCACGGUUGGCAACACUGACCCAGCGAAGGAGGCCACGGCAAGCCAACCGGAUCUUCCUAAUCGAGGAAACUUGAAGCAGUCGAAAAUUGCCGUUUUUAGGCAGGAAGGAGCGGCGGCCGCUAGUAAAAAGUCACUCAAAAGUCCGCCCUCCUCUUCCUCCGAAGGAGGUUCGAGCAAAACAUCCAAUUUACAAGCAAAAACAAGCGACAAUAAAGUGCCGACACAGCAAAAACUUAAAAACAACAUAAUCCCCCCGAAAAAGCUAGUCAAGCAAUCAACGUUGGCUGUGACGGCGUCGACGGAACGACCGGGGGUUGGGGCCGUUCGCGGCCAGAAAAAAGUCUCUUUCAUCCCGAGUUUGGGGGCGGCGGCGCCUCCGGAAGGUUCCUCAAUCAAAUCCGUCAAGGCAAUAGUGCGUUCCCGGCAGCAGUCCCUCAGCGACACCGGCGUACAGUUCAAGGAGCUUUACCGGGACUUUCCGCAGGAACGGAGGGGGGACCCGUCCGAGCUGGAUCAACCCGUGUUGCCCCCGUACCGGGAACCGCCGCCUCCUCCUCCUCCAACGCAUACUAAGGUGGAAAUUAUCCAGGAUUUGGGAGCGAUGGAAUCUGUCAACAAGAAUGAAGAGCUUGCGGCACCUGUCAAAGAGAGUGGCCGCUCCGUCAGCAAGCUCAUGGGAUUCGGGGGGCUGGGCAAGCUGCUUUCGUCGUCGACAUCGUCGCUGACGUCCGGCGAGAAAAAAGGGAACAAUUACGUUACACUGCCACCGUCGCCAAAAUUCUCCAAAAUGUCUUCCAAGGGUGGGGCGGAACUUCCACCUCCUCCGCCAACGCCGCCACCAGCGACAGCGCCGGACGUUCCGGACAAGCCCUCGCCGGAUGACAUUCUGACCAAACCGGAGUUUUCAUCCUCAAGGCUGCAGAACCUCCCGGUGCGACAGCGCAAAGGAGCCGUCCCUCAUCUCGAGAACUACUGCCUCUUUGAUCCGUCGGUGGACUUCUUCAACGAGAAGGAGCACAAGAUGCGGUCGAUUCCGGAAACGGUCGAGCUAGCUGACCCGAUUUUAUAUCAGAACCCGCUGAUCUACGACGCCGUCGAUCGAGACUCGGACAACUACUUUACCAUCGAACCGGACGUCGAAGUCCGGAAUCGACUCUCGCUCGAAAAGGUCGAAGAGAAGAUCGACGAGAUCUUCAACCAAACCUCGCGCACUUCAUCGUCUUCCAGCGGUUCCAGUCCGGACUACCCGUCCAUGGUCAACUCCGUCAUCGAGACGCCCUCCUCCAACCUGGAGUCCACCGACGAAAGCGACUACGGCUUCCGGAACCGCCUCAUCGACCAGCUGAAAGCCGUGCCCAAAUCCAUCUCCGGCGACCUCGAACCCGGAGCUGCUGCCAUCACCGCCGGUGCAGAAUCCUCCUACUACGGCGUGGUAACCAAAUCAGCUGUCACUCAGUUCGAGCGCAGAAUCCAUCUCCCCUCCGCCUCCCUCCCCAACUCACCCCUGCAGCAGCGCAAAAGUGAUGAAUCAUCGUCCCCACCCUCCAAAACCGACUCCAGCGAACCCUCGACCUCCCUCAGCCCACCGUCCCCCGCCCCUCAACCUUCCACCAGCAUCCCGUCGUCCCCUCGAGUGUCGAAAAUCAAAUCAGACCCACCGACGAGGGCCAAUUUCCUGUCCCUCGAAUCCCUAAAAUCCAGCGUUUCGCUGCCCCACCUGCAGCGGCUCAAGAACGGUUCGCUGGACGGGACGCCACUGUUUAGCCGGUUGCGUAAGCAGCGCCCCCUCUCCAACCACAGUGACGCCGACAGUGGCUUCCUGAGUCCGGCCACGCCGCCCGAUGGUCCCACCAUCCAGAACCAGAUUCUGGCCGCGGAACAGUUGCAACAGCAGCAGCAGGUUGCCAGCAGUGAUACGGUUGUGGUGCUCGAGCAGUGCGAUAACAUUCAGGAGUUGAUACAGAUCUACACCGACUGGGCAAACUACUACCUGGAGCGGGCCAAGUCGAAGCGGAAGGUCUCCGAUCUGUCCGCGGACUGCCGGGAUGGCCUUCUGCUAGCCGAGGUGAUCGAAGCCGUGACCACCUUCAAAGUACCUGAUUUGGUCAAGAAGCCCAAAACGCCACAGCACAUGUACGACAACGUCAAUUCCUGUCUCACGGUGCUGAGACAGCACCAGGUUGGCGGUCUCGAGUCGGUCACCCCUAACGACAUCUGCAGUGGUCGGCUGAAAGCCGUGCUCUCACUCUUCUUCGCGCUAAGUCGAUACAAGCAGGCGACGAAGCAGAAGGUGGCAGCAGCGGCGGCACAAGCGGCAGUAGCAGGCUUUGCCGGCAACCAUCAGCAGCAGACCAAGGUGGAAAUUCAUGCACCGCCUGCCGAUAUGACGAACCGGUAA